AAGCACUCUGAAAGUGGAAAUCUCAUUCUGAACAAUCUCAACGUCGAUGUGGGACGUGGAGAAAUUUAUGGAAUACUGGGGCCCAGCGGAUGCGGCUUAUUAAGAAAUGCGUCGGACGUACUCACAACAACGUCUCAUUUAGCAUCGCAAAUUAUUUAAUAAAUUUUCAAGGUUAAAAAAAUUGUAUCGUGAGGGGAUUCGCAAAUUUCGCAAAGCUGUAAAAAGGUCCUUUUAUCAUAUUUUAAUUUGACUUGCAUGCAUUUAUCUGCAAUUUACAAAGGUUUUAAUAGUGGGGAUGAGUUUGCCAAAUAAAAGUAUGCCAUGUUCUUGGGUAAGUUUUACAAAUAAAUUAAAUGAGUUUCCAGCAAAAGUUUUAUGAAUAUCGCAAGUUAUGUGCUAUGUUCAAUCCUAAAUUUCCAAGCUUUAAGGAUGCUUUGCAUUGUUUCAACAAGUAUAAAUUAAGUGAUUGAUGCAUUUAUUUAUUUUGCAUUAUAAUUAGUUCAAACAACCGGUUAUUAAUCACAUAAUUCAUCAGUUGCUUACGCGCGUCAUUUCUAUACGCCUAGAAAAACUACAUUGUUAUCAUGCAUUGUUGGGCUACGUCGGCUGGAUAUGGGUGAAAUCACCAUAUUUGAUCAUCAGCAUCCUGGAAACCUUGGCCGAAUGUGUGGAUAUAUGCCACAGGAAAUGGCGUUACUAAACGUCCUAACGAUCGGUGAAACAUUUCGAUAUUUUGGAUCAAUCUACGGAAUGGACGCGCACAAAAUUCAAACUGAAAUAAUAUUUUUGCGGACGGUUCUUGAUUUGCCAGCAUUGGAUUCUAAAAUUUGCGAUUUGAGCGGUGGACAAACUAGGCGUGUCUCAUUGGCGAUCGCCUUGAUCCACAAUCCACCUCUGCUCGUCCUUGACGAGGCUACCGUAGGGCUAGACCCUUUACUUCGACAGAAAAUUUGGGAUCACCUCUUUAAAAUUUCCAAACUCCAUAACACAACUAUAAUAAUUUCCACGCACUAUUUUAACGAGACGAAACAUUGUGACCGGAUUGGAUAUAUGAGGAACGGCCAUCUCCUAGAGGAGGGAAGUCCUAAAGCAUUGCUCUCCAGAUAUGAUUCCCCGACAAUGGAGGACUUUGCAUUGAAAUUGUGUAGGAAUGACAGAGGCCCGGACAACUAUGCAAAUAUUGACAUCUUUGGGGGACACUAUAGAAAAGAAAAUGCUGAUGUAGUUGAAGUCAAAUCUUACAGGAAGCUGUCAGCAUCCCUUCUGGAUAAAACAUUCAUUUUUCCUCGAUUUGAUAGAACGAAUCAUGGCAGCCUCAUUCAUGCAAUUUUAGUAAAGUGGUGGCAUCGUCACAAACGAGAUUGGAGACUAAUUGUUCCUGGAUUUAUUGUCCCCUUCAUGACUAUUUUCAUCUUUCAAAAUGUUGUCGGCCCUCAACCACAUAGUAUUCACGUGGGACUGGUGACCAACAAUCCAAACUUCACGAAUAAUUUAGCCAUUCAAGAAUACUGCAGUAACUCCGACUCCAUUGAAUGUCUUGGUAACGCGAAAAUUUGCAGUUUCCUUCAAAUAUUUGGGACUGACAAGUUUAUCUGGGCACAUAACCAGCAAAUAUUUUGUGCAAAAAGUAAUACAUCAACUAGAGUUAUCAAUGAUAAUAUGCAUAAUUAAUUUCUAAAGGUCCCUAUAAGCUCGUAUGAGGAAGGGCUCGAGAAUAUCCUACUUGGAAAAACGAUGGGACUCGUACGAUUUCCAGAGAACUAUGAGCUGCACAUCAAGAACAGGGUUUUACAAAAUAAAUUUGCCGAUAAUGAAACUAUUGCGGGAUCCACGAUUUUAAUUAAGAUGGAUGAAACGCACAAAAUAGUAGCAGCAUGGGCUAAGCAGACAUUGCUGGAGAAAUAUCUCAAGUUCCUUAAAAACAUUGCACUUGCAUGUUCAAUUGAUCAUGGGAUUCUUGCACCUGCAAUUAAGUACAACGCAAUCUACGGCUCCACUAAAAUUUUCGACAUGAUCACAUACGUACAGCCAAGCUCCAUGUUGUUCUUCAUGUUUAUGCUACCGAUGGGAACCGUUCUGCAAUUGGCGGAAGACAAAGUUACCGGCAUCGAGGACAGGGAGCAUGUUACAGGGAUAAAUAUGUGGCAUCAACUAAUCGCCUACAUUACUGCACAAAGUGUCAUGAUAUUCUUACAAAUGUCUAUAUUUCUUGGAACGCUGUGUGGCAUUUAUGGCAUGGCGAUUCAUGGGUCCCACAUCCAAGCGAUUGUGUUUGUAUAUUUGACCGCUUUGUCUGGACUAUUGAUUGGUUUCAUGAUUAGCAAGCUGUAUGCCCACGUGAUUGAAAUUCUCUUUGUUAUAUUAUUUUUCACCGUGUCACAAAUGGCUUCAUCGGGAAUGAUAUAUCCCCUGGAAAUACUGCCUUGGGCUGAACGAUAUGUCUUUCAAUCCUUCCCAGUAACGCUUAUGGUGGAUACAUUCAGAUCAAUUUGCACGAGGGGGUGGGACAUCACCCAAUUCAAUGUUGGCCGAGGUUUUCUGGCGUGUGCUUUCUGGAUAUUGUUAUCUUUAGUCGUUUCAACGUUAGCAGAACGCAGGAAGCGCAAAUCAUUAUAAUAACGCUAAAAAAUUGAUUAAGAAUCUUUAUUUUUUAUAAAACACGUA